CUUCCCAUCCAGCGCCGCCUGGCGCCGCCUGUGCGUCACUGACAUCUCUCUCCCUCUUGUCACUCCGGGGGCAGUGAUGGCGGAGGUGGAUGAAACCGACGUGAUGAUGAACUACCAAGGCGAUUUCUUAAAGGGCGACAGGAAACACGGCCGCUACCCGUACUGCGUUGUCUGGACGCCGAUUCCUCUCUUGUCGUGGGUGCUCCCCUUCAUCGGUCACAUGGGCAUCUGCACCUCUUCCGGAGUCAUCCGGGAUUUCGCAGGAUCAUAUUUUGUCUCGGAGGACAACAUGGGCUUUGGUAGACCAACAAAGUAUUGGAAGCUGGAUGUGGACAAAGUGUGUGGCAGCGGAGCUGCAACGUGGGACAAAGCAGUGCAUGAUGCGUCUGAGGAAUACAAGUGUAGACCGCACAAUCUCUGCUUCGACAACUGCCAUUCCCACGUUGCCAUGGCCCUCAACCUCAUGUGCUACGACAACAGCACGUCUUGGAACAUGGUGAACCUGUGUACGCGGUCUCUCAUUCACGGGAAACACGUGAGCUGGGCAGCGUUCCUCAAGACCUGGCUCCCUUUCUUCAUGCUGUGCGGAGUCCUCGCCACCUUCGUCCUCACGUUCAACCUCCAGUGACAGAGCGGAGCAGUCCAACGGGAUGAUUCAUGGACUCUGGUUAUACUUCAUACAUUGUCACUGACAUGAAUGAUGUGCUGGACAUUAAAAUACCAAAAUAAAGGACUUCAUUGUCUAUAGUGGUCUGUAGAGAUCUAGUCUCAAGGAGGGUAAUUAAGGGCAAACCCUGGUUUAAAGAUUCAAGAAAAAUACUUUCUUUUUUUGUUAUUUAUGUUUUUAUGGAUUACAUCUCUUCAAAAGUUACCAUUGCUAUUUUUCACAUGGUGGUAUAUUUUUUUGCUUAGUUUAUCAGGAGGAUCAUGAAGGAAGAUCCCAACCUCGGUAAAGUAAUGGUGGUGAGCUCCAGCUACGUUUUUUUUUUUUCAACGGAUGGCGAUGAUGAAUGUGUUUCCAGCCUGGCUAAUGUACAUUUCAGUGAUGCAUGGCCAUGAAAUCUGAACGCUGAAAUAUAGUUCAUCAAUUAUUUGUCUAAGAGAUAUGAGCCGCUCCCAAAGAUAGAAUGAUGCAGGGCCCACAUGUGAAAAAUAGAGAUAUCGAACUGUCAAAAAAAUGUCCUCCUCCCUUUAAUCCAGUGUUUUGUAUUUUUUUUUCUUCAAUGUGAGUGUAUAUUGUUGUUUUUAUCUUACACAGAACUUGGAAUGUUUUCAAUUAAACCACCUUGUGCUGGAAUGUUAUUAUUACUCCUUUGAUUUAAACAAACUUAUGAGCAAAAAUAAAUUACAUUAUCAUGCA